UUCAGAACAAUUUGGGACAUUUGAAGUCCUGUACCCUAUUCAGCGACUGGCUGCUUUUCUUCUCCUCACCUGAGACAAUUAUCGAAAGCGGAGUCUUUUCUUUCAUUUCAGACACUCGGACUCGGGUGUUCGUCUACCUAGUGUCGCUUGCCUUGAGUUUGGCUGCGUUAAGUAUCCUGAAACUACACAAGCUGUUAGAGUGGCUUCUCGUGGAUACCGAUGUGGCAUCGUUUCACGGCAGCAUUUCUGAUCUCAAGAGCAAGUCGAGCGUGAUUGCGGAGAUCCUCAAGGCCGCUGCACUACGGUACAAAAAUUCCCUAAACUCUCCUACCACCAUUACCGCCACCCACACGGCGGAUGCAGCAAAGGUGCUCCCACGGGGAUCAGUGGUAGUGCCCACCACCAACGCAGGCGCCAGUAGCGUUACCAUCCCAGCCUUCUUUACCGCUCAUGCUGCCACCGCGGAGGACCAUAACUGCCUUUGUCCCCACCCACCGUCAUCAUCGACCCUGCUCCAAUCACCACUAACCGUUCCCGAGAAGCCCUCGAACACCACAGGCGUUCUCGGCUUCUGCCACCACUGGCCGUCUGCUUCGCAACCAUGUCUCCUUUGCUACUUGGCCUCCUCGGGCGAUUACUCUCUCCUCCCCGACGACCGUCGCCAACGCACUUGCAGUGAAUCC